GUUUCGCUGCUUGACGACGCCGUCCGUGUCGAAGUCUGCUAGCAACGUCCGCUCCUUGUUCCCGCCCAUCGUCUCGCCACUCAGGAUGAUGAAGUCCCUCGCUAUCCUCGCCCUCCUUUCAACCGCGGCCUGGGCGCAGUCCUCGGACUCCGCAUCUUCCACCGCCUCCGCGAGCUCGUCCCUCCCCUCGGACGGCGUGAGCAAGUCCUGCAGGAAGUUCCUCAAGUCGCUCGAUAGCGACGACUCCCUCGCCAACUGCAUCGCACCCCUCAUCUCCGCGUCCGCGGCCUACGCCCCAGGCGGCAGCGGUUCCAGCGGAGAUGUAAAGGAUACGCUGGGGUCCAUCUGCAAUGCGGAUGGCUGCGACGCGUCAACGAUGCAGGGGAAGCUCGCCGACUUCUCGUCAGCAUGCAACGACGAGCUCACCUCGUCCAACGAGGAGGUUAUCGCCGUUUACGACUCGCUGUACGCCGUUGUCCCGCUCAAGAACGCCGUGUGCUCGAAGGGGGACAGCGGCGACUACUGCAUGCUGUCUGUGAACAAGUACGCGUCGAGCGACGAUGUUCAGGCCGCGCAGAAGUCCCUCUCGUCCGGGUCAGCCGGCAAGGCGUUCUCCGCGUACAACCUCGCCUUCCUCUUCCUCAAACAGUCCACCGACUCUAACUCCCUAUGCACCACAUGCACACGCAACGUCCUCACUUCCUUCAUCGACUUCGAGUCCGACACCCCGUACGCGCCCGGCCUCGGGGCCAGCACUCUCAUGGGUGGUCAGUCCGACCUGUACAGCGGCGUCGGCAGUACGUGCGGCACGUCCUUCCUCUCCGGUGCCGUCCAGGCCGCAGGAGGCCUGAAGAACGACUCGCCGUUCGGCAGCAACAACGGCGCUGGCCGCGUCGCCUCCACCGGACUCGGCGCUGCUGCCCUCGCAGCAGCCGCCUCGGCCCUUGUGUUUGCGCUGUAACCGCGAAUAGUGCUUGCACUGUACUCGUCGGGAAGAGGGAACAUAGACCAGGGAUGUAUAUGCUAUGGGGGUUUGUCUUAAGACAUGGGUUUUAUUAUUGUACUGGCCUAUUACCCACUGCUAAUACAGCACCAAUACCCGCUGGGUUCUCGAGUGUUAGCG